UUUCUUUUUUUUUUUUUUUUUUUUUUUUUUUUCUUUUUUUUGGUGAUGGAGUCAUCUGACAGCCAGGGGAAACUCAAUCACAUGGUGGGGACUAUGGAGCCAAAUGAUGUUCCUGCUGCUGAAGGUGCCACCGGACAGAAAGACACGUCACCUGUAGACAUGCUGAGAAUAAAGCAACAGAUGUCCAACCAGUGCUUUGAGAUGGCAGUACAGCUCAACGCAGAAAAAAAUAAAAGGUCAUGCAGCACAUCUGAAGCAGAGAGAGACUUGCCAGAAUAUAUCGGUGAGCUUGAAAGGGUGAAGACGCUUCAUUUUAACAGCACACUGACCCUGCACAGAAUGCAGAUGUGGCACGCUAUCGGAGAAAAGCUGAACUGGAGUGACUCUGAAGCAGAUGCUCUGAAAGCCAUAAGUGACCGCUGCAUGGGUCUUUGUUCACACAUAAAACACCUUCAACAGGAGUCCAAAAAACUUCAAGAUGAGGUUACAGAAAUACAGAAGAACAGACUUGAGAUGAAACGGCUCACGCAUGAGAAGAUCAAACACAUGGAGGAGUCUUCAAGGAAAGAGUAUCCAGACAUGGAAAAGUACAAAGCUGCGUUGGAGAAAGGCCAAGCAAACCUGGAAAAAUAUAAAAAGAUGGCCAUCAUGACCCAAAAUGUCCUCAGGGGCAUUCUCUUGGCCUGUAAAGUCAACUGGCUUGAUGAUCCCAAACUUCGAGACAUCGCCAUGACACUCGAGGAGUUUCCCAUCUCUGAGUAAAGAUGGUGUGUGUGUGUGUGUGUGUGUGUGUGUGUGUGUGUGUGUGUGUGUGUGUGUGUGUGUGUGUGUGUGUGUGUGUGUGUGUCAAACUGUUUCAAAAACAGUUUUAGUUUCAUCUUGAAAAAGUAAAAGCAAUGCCGCCAGAUCGCCACCAGAGGGCGCGGAGGAAGCGAGCCAACAGAUGAAACCUGCAGCUCAGCGUGUCACUGAAGAAGAGAAGGAGCAGCAUAGAGGAAGGACUACACGUGUUUACAAAGUCCAGCCAGCCUUACUCUGGAUAAUUACUUACAAUUUGGAUUUUUGUAGCUCUUUAAGUAGGACAAAAUAAAGUAAAAUGCCGAAGGUCAAAGCGGUGAAGAAAAGCAGACAGCACCAAGAGGUCAAAAACCAAGGUACGUUUCUGAACGGGGUGCGUUAGCGUUAGCAUGCCAGACUUUAGAGACGGGGUCAGUCAUCGUGUCUGUGCAGUGUUUGCAUAUUGAGCUGGUGUAUCGCUGUUUUAGCAGUCACAGCAUUUAACAUGAAGCACUGCUGUAACUGUCGUCACUUGUGUUGACGUGGAAACGUUUUAGUGACUCCAGCCCACCAGCUACUUCAAUUAAAAGGUUUCUUUUCCUGCAAAUUGUUAAUUUGUGCUAACUGCGAUAUUUAGUCCAGCUGCUUCCGCUGUUAUUUUCUGUAUGCAUUGUUUAGGAGGUGAACAAAUGACGUAAACACAAAUUGUUUAUGCUUAAUCAAGAUCAGAGAAACAUAACUGACUGUAACAGUUCUAACAUGUAGAUUUAUUACUACUGUUUUGCAAUAUUAUGAAUGUAAAUAUUCACCAAAGAGGCUUAUGUAUGAAGAAAUGUUGAAAGUCAUUCCUGAUAUGUAAAUAAAUGUCUUUUGUCAUUAUGUUAAAA